UUCGAGGAAGGGGUGGAUAAAGGAUGCUGACGUUUUAUCGAGACAGGCGGAAUCUACCUCCGAGAGGAAAGGAUUCCUUAGUCGUGGAACAAAGCCAACAUGGUCGCAUUAUCAGAUAAACGGCCAGUGACGAUCCACGGAUUCCUUGUCGCGGACACCAUGGAUUUCUCUACUCUGGACGCGAUGUCCAUGCCAUGCUCAUCUGUGAGGGAUAACGCGGAUCACGCGAGGAGAGAGUCCGAAUGCAACGAAACGAUAAGCAGGAGAACGAGGAUCACGGGGCGAUCGACUUCGCCAAUAAUCUGGGUCUCGUUGCUACUGACGCUGGGAACGAGGACAACGUCCGCCGCGAACAUGACGAACGUGUCACCCUUGGCUUCCACUAUGAGACCGAUCACGACCACGGAAGUAGUUUAUCAGCGAUUCGCGAUCGAGCCGAUGGAUCAAACCGCGGUGAUUGGUAGCCGAGUCACGCUUCCUUGCCGAGUCCUUGAUCAGAAGGGACCCGUUCAGUGGACAAAGGACGACUUCGGUUUGGGAGCCGUCAGGAAUCUCACGGGAUACGAGCGAUACGCCAUGAUCGGCAGCGACGAGGAAGGUGACUUCUCGUUGCACAUAUACCCAGUCGAGCUGGAAGACGACGGCACGUACCAAUGCCAAGCCUCGCCCACGAACGACGGCCAACCAGCGUUGCGCUCGAGGUUCGCCAAGCUGAGCGUCCUUGUGCCGCCUCAGAAACCGAAGAUCCUUCAAGGCGAUUUCCUUAUCACCACCGAAGACCGGGAAUUGGUGAUCGAGUGCGUCAGCGUCGCUGGCAAGCCGCCUGCAGAGAUCACGUGGAUCGACGGGCUGGGAAAUGUGCUGCACAAGGGAAUAGAGACGACGAAGGAAUUAUUCGACGGCGGUCCCCUGUACACCGUGAAAUCCGUCCUGAAGGUGAUGCCGCGGAAGGACCACGACAACACGACAUUCACGUGCCAAAGUCAGAACGCGGCCGACCGCACGCCGCAGAACGCCAAGCUGCGCGUCGAGGUUCGCUACGCGCCGAAUGUGUCUCUGACGAUCCGCUCGGGCCAGCGCAAAGACGAUCCCAUCGUCGAGGGAAGCGAGCUCCGGUUCAAAUGUCUCGUCAAGGCCAAUCCGCCCGACGUGGAGUACAGGUGGUUUAUCAACGAGAAGAAAGUCAUCGGAGACUACACCAAGGAGAUGAUUAUCCACAACGCGACCCGCGAUCUUCACGACUCGAUCGUAAAGUGCGAGGUCCACAACGACGUUGGCAGGAGCGAGGACACAGAGACCCUAGUCAUAACGUACGGGCCGCAGUUUCGCCAUCCACCAGUCUCCGUGCAGACGCAGUACGGGGCGACGGAGAUCUUGCAGUGCGACGUCGACGGGAACCCUAGCCCAGAGAUAAGAUGGUACCACGAGGACUCGGAGCGACAGGUCGCCACUACGGCGAACAUAAGCGUGGUGGUGAAUCACGAGACAGCCGGACGGUACUUCUGCAAAGCUCGCGUGCCCGGCUUCCCCGAGCUGACGGGCUACGCCAACAUCUACAUCCGGGCGCCGCCGAGCAUCGUGUCGCAGAGGGUUCAAUACGUGCCCGACGAGGGGGUCGUCAAGGUGAAGUGUACCGCGAUAUCUGUGCCAAAAGCGGACUCGGUGGUAUGGAGCUUCGCCGGUCGCGAGCUCAAUUUCUCGUCGAACAAUACGCCUUUCGACGUGCAAGAGGAAUACACCGGCGAGAGGGUCGUCAGCACUGUCACGCUGCUCGAUCCUAUAUCCGCGUACUUUGGGGAUUACAACUGCACGGUCACGAAUAGCUUCGGCACGGAUUCCGUCAUAAUCAAGCUGACGGCACACACGUUGAUUCCAGUCGAUUGGCAGCUGAUUCUCAUCAUCGGCGGAUUGGUCGUCUGUGUGAUCCUGAUCGGAGUGAUCAUUAUACUCAUUCUGCAGUGCCGUGACCGCAUCAAACAACCGCGGCCGAGGACUGCCCAGACCCAGGAGACUGAUAUGCAAGAAACAGAUUCGAACGCGGAUCGAUAUCGAGAGAGUGACAGAAGCAGCAACCUUUCGGAUGUCAAAGCGGAUAUACGAGCAGGAUCGAGUGUCAGCAACGCAGAAAGCGUGACAGCACUCGACAGCGAGGGCGAAGGCAGCACGAGAGGCGUGAAUGCAUUGGCGCUGGCUGGUCCCGUACCGAACCCUCUGGGUUAUCGUUACAGCGCCGACUACACGGAACCUUCGUUCCCGCCGAAAAAUAAUGACGGCAGUAACAAUAACGGUUACGUGCCGUACGUCGACUACACCCGCGAUUACAUGCCGCCCACGACGCAAGGAGUGGGAGCGUCGCGAGAAUCCUUAAGCAGGAUACCAUCGGGCGGCAUACUCGCCUCAAAGAAGAUCGGUCUGAGUUCCGCGAAUUUGGGCACUCCGACGUCGCAAACGACACCCGCGAUCGACCCACGUUUCUCCGCGACGUACGGAAACCCCUACCUCAGAAUGUCAGCGGCGGAGCAGCUGAGACACGCGCCGCACGCGGCGGUGCCGGGAGUAACGCCAGCACCACCACCCUACACGCAAGCAAUGAGAAUGAAUAGCUUGAAUACCUUGAACGGCGCUGGACCGCAGGCACCCCUGUCAGCGCAUUACAUCACGGGAGGACCGAACGGUGGCGUCGCGACGGUGAAACGCACGUCGGCGGUCGGGACGUUAGCGACGCACGUAUGAGGCCAGGGGGUCUAUCCGAACUAGAACCGUCGACGUUCGGGCCUAAUUAGCACCGCCUUCGGACAUCGCAGAGCCCUCGAGGAGGCUCACCGCUCGGGUUCGAGCUCGAACACGCCGAGACCACGCGAGACGUUCUUCGUGGACACGCUGGGGAGGAGCAGUCGCUAUGGAAAUCGACAGGGCGUCGAUUUGGAGCAUCGUCACGCCACACGACGAGAAUUAACGAUCGCUCGCGCGCCAGAGGUCGAACGUUUGCUAGAGGAAUCGAGACUGACAAGCGAGAUCGACGGAAAGAAGCUUCGAGCCAAGGGACGAGCGCAACGAACGACGGAGAACGGUGAAACGCUCAAGUACAUCGAGCUGGUGCUUCGUCAGCUGCGAAGAGCCAGUAGGGACCACCGACAGCUGGUGGAGCAGCGUCAUCGAGUCGACGCGGCGCAACCGGUUCUCCAGUCGUCGUCGACGGACCCCCAUUCCUGGAGCUUCCCGACUUCCUACGCGCAAAGCAUUGCCGAAGACCAACUCGAUUCCUGGCGGACACCGAGAACGACAUCCAGAAUGCGAAGAUUUCGAACGACGGAGAAACCACGGGAAUUCGCCCAGUACUCCGAUUUGGACGUUGCGACGAAACUGUUGGCGAAGAGGAAGACCUACGCGACGAGUGUCGACGUUCUGGAGACCAUGGUCGACAGCCGCGAUCAAACGAGCACGACGAGCCGACAGGGUUUACGAUACGUCCCCGCGUACGAAGGAAUUGACACAGCGGUUAUUCAAUGAAGCUGCGCCUCCACGGCCGAGCCCCGACCCCGACGCACAAGGUAGACGUCUCGAGCAUCGACUCGCAAAAAAAGAAACACGCUCGUCGCACUUGUCAGCUGUCCGUUAAGGAAGAUCGGUCAGUGAUUUGACGAGGACUCGUAACUCCUGACUGACUUCUAGGAAUGGUACGCGCAGGAAUGGAUAUCGAGCCAAGCAGCAACAGUUACCGGUCGAGUUCAUCCGAGAGAACAGCGAGGAAUUCCAUUUAAGAAAACCGAACGGGAGUAACAAGAUUUUCUCGUUGCUUCAUCGACUCCCGAGGACAGUAUUUUUUCUCCCCGUCUGGGGCUUAACAGGAGGAAAUGGCGUCAUCAUGAAAGUCAAUGCAACACGCUCGUCAACAGCGCGAUGGAAACCGAUGAAUCGACUCGGCGUGACAAACGACCGACGUGGAUCGAAAGGUAGUGUUCGAAGGUUCGCGGGGGAACGAAGGACGGUGGUUAGGUUCGCAGAUCGAAGGAGCUCUUCGGAACGAGAACAGACCACUCGGUAUCGACAAUCUUUUUAUUCGCAUAAUUUAGAUCUCGAUAAGCAUUUAACGUACGUUCGGUGUAACGAGAACACGCGGGAAUACGAAUCCCGUCGCGGAUCGCCGUGGUCGUAGUAGCAGUCUGCUUAAGAAAGAGGCGCGCGCUAGUGUCGCGAUCGUACGGAUCGGACACCGGUGGACGGUGCUGCGGUGACGAUGAAAAAGACAAGUGGCGGGUGUCUCACGCUUUUUCGAAUAUGUGAUAUGCAGACGGAGCCAGACCGGGCAACGUCUCAGCUGCUACUACGACGUCACUGUGUGCGCGCUGCCUUUUUUUAUUUGUAGGGAAAACAAAAAGUUAAUAGAUCUCGCGCGGUAAUCGCGCGCAAGCGCACUAAAACGAGAACUAAGGGGCAUUCCGCUGGAUCCCAGGGACUCGCUCGACGAGACCUGUCGCGAUCCAGCGUCCCCUCCGGCCUGUGAAUCCGGUUACGAGCGAACGCGCGUUUGUAAUCGCGAGCGACGCGUUCGACCCAGGCCGAACAUUGUAAAAUAGAUAGCUAAAAUGAUUAGGUAUACAUACAUAUGUAUAUAGAUAUAUGUAUAUUUACAUAUGCGUAUAUGUGUGUAUACUGGGUGCCUCGGAAAUCGUGUUUCAAGGGGAUGGUUCCUCGUGGAACGAUAAACAGAGAAUUUUCGAUUUAUUUUUGCGCGACCAAUCGCGUCAUCUUCGAUGAUGCUACGAUUCCCACUGCACCACGUGUAUAUAUAUGUGUGUGUGUGUAUAUGUGUACGUAUAUGUAUAUAUAUCAUACACCUGUUGUCAAUAUGAACAUAGGGCCUAUAGUUUGGUGGCGCUACGAGAGCAAAACUCUAUUGAAAUAAGCUCGUUCGCGAGUGGAACGGCUUCCUGUAAAUAAUACAUAACGAUAUUACUAAAUGAAAACUAAAAAAAUGAACUAUCGAAGGGGAGGGAUGCGACGUCUUAGAUGAAAGUCGUCGCGCGCGUCUCGUAUCGAAGAGGUAAGAACCGAGCGAGCGCGACUUUGUUAGAGGAAAGAAGUGUCGCGAGGUCUCCGCUUGAUUACGCUCGUUAAUUAAAUUAUUCUGGAUUCUCCUCGGAAGUAUAUUUAUAUGUCGGUUCGUUUUUUCCGUUCGUUUGCGACGUCUCCGUAGACCAUGGACGAGGGACGCGACGUUUCCUCGUCGAUGGCCUGUGGGAACGAUCGCGAGGUUCAAAUGGGCGCGACAAAGAGAAAACGAAAACGACACAUCGCGACGGUGUACAGCGAGGUUAAAAUACCAUUGAUUACGAUAACGAAACAGGGUAGCCUAUCAAUUAUUAAAAAUGAUUCCGAAGGAGAAGGCUGCACAGCACGGACUGGCCCCUCAUACUCGCGUCGGUGAUCAGCGGAAACGUCGAUGAAAAUGUGAAAAGCUCGAGCGAACGUGUCAGUGGCGACGAAUGGCAUCGAACGGGAACGUUCGAUUUGCCAGGUGAACGAAUCUACGUUUGUAUUGUCAGAUGAUAUCUUUAUAUUGUGACGUCUGUAACAUAAUUUCUGUACAUAACUGGAAUUAUUGCUCACCGUAUCUCGUAAGAUUUAGUUAGUUUUAUAACUGUGAAGAGAGAAAAAAAGAACAAAAAACACUAUUGUGCAUAUCCGACUAUACGCCAGGAACAUCGAGGCGGACAGUUCCCCUCGCAAGGGCGGAGGGUUCCAUCGGUCGUCGAAGAUCGAAAAAGAAAAAAUCAGUAUUCGUAACGAUACUUCCUUCCUAUUGAGGACUCGUUCUCACAUUCCGCGAUCUACCGCGCACGCGCGCGGUUCGAUCGUUUAGAAACGAUCAGUUCCUUUGCUCGCGAUCGGAACGUCGCGUCGAGGAGAACGUGGACUGACUCGAACGAUGGAUUAUACAUCGUAGUGUUAUCGUUCUGGAAAUCGUCUUCGACUUUACGCAUCGUUCGAUUCAGCGUUGCCUCGACGGACGUCGACCAGUCUCGACGACGUAAUCGGAGAUGAGCGAAAUUUUCUUCUAGAGAUGAAGGACUUUUUUUUUUUUAAAGAAAAACUGUAGUAAAGAAUGUCUGAA